CUUCUCGGUUUGCCUUGAAGUUACUCCUCCAUCGGAGUGUUCGUUGAGGAGAUGAGUCUGAAUGUGAGCGUCCUGGUUUGAGGACAGGACAGACCGGGCCAGCGAGGGCGAUGAGAAGGAGGAGGACCCUGUGCUGUUUGAGGCAGACAGCACCCCAGCUUCUGGAAGCCUACUCAUGCCUCCUGUCAUCCAUCUGAUCCCACCCACUCCCUCCGACAUCAUUGACGACGACCAGUUCUUCGACAUCAACUCCGAGGAGGAAAGCGUGGCUCUGACGUCCGACGGCAGCUACGGCACCGGGGAACAGGAAAGUGAUGAAGAGAAGGCGGAGAGAGGAGAGGAGAUCAAUGUUGACCUGGGUGUUGAGAGUCUGGACAUGGAUGACAGUCAGAAUGUGCUGGAGAGUUUGACCCCUGGGCCUGAGCCUGGCCUGGCCACUGAAGAAGAAGACAGUGGGAAGAAGAAAAGACCCAAACCCAGCUUCCUACGUCAUGCCUACCAGGUCGCACCUCUCCCUGAGUACCCAAUCAAGAGGAGCUUCAACACCGGCAUCAAUCUGCUGUUGUUCACGGAGCACAACCUGGACGACCUGAGCAGCAAGGAUGCCGUCUGUCACCAGCUCCUAACGGCAGAACUUGGCCUGCUUCCCCUCAGCACACAGAUGAAGAGCUUCACACACCUGCGGAAGCCAGCGAUCCGCUCCUGCAGCCUGGGAGACACCCGCAGCCACACCUUCCACACCAUGACCCAGACUAUUGACCAAUCACAAGAGGAGGAAGGGUCGCCUCGGCAACGACGCAUAACCGUUGCGUCGUACGUGCCCCAGUCCAAGGACCAGAAUGGAAACUUACCUGAAAAGGGCUCAGACUGGCAGGGAGCCAGAUCUCUUGGGGAGUUCAGCACGGAGGAAGUCUGCCAGUGGUUCGUCAGCAUCGGCCUUCCCAAGUGCCUCCCUUUCAUCAGAGAGAACGCUCUGUGUGGAGCAGACGUCGCGUCUGUGGAUGUCAACACCCUGGAGGUCCUCCACAUCUCCUCCCUGGAGGAGAAAGAGCAGCUCCUGUCAGCCAUCUACAGGGAGAUCCACCCUCCCAGCUCCACGUCCCAGGAACUCGACUCCCUGCUGGAAACCUUAGGGCCUAAUAACGUAGAGAGCUUCACUGCGGCUUUAGUGUCUAUGAGCAAGUCCAAAUCCUCACCGCAGGUCAGCUGCCUCAACAUGAACCGCUGUUCAGUCAAGCUCAGCAACAGAAACCACAAUUAUCUGGUACAGAAGAACUCUCAGCUAAUAGAGAUCACCAUUAACGCCUCAGAGAGAAUCGUCCAUCUCAGGACCCCCAAGGAGACCUCGGUGGGCAAGGUAGUUGAGUCGUGCACCAGGAUGCUGAACAUGACAGAAGACAAGGACCUCUUCACCCUGAAAGAGGAGCAAGGUUCCUCUGAAGAGCUUUCACUAGGUCUACAGAUCGGUAGUUUGGCAACACCUGUGAAGAGGCAGCUGGAGCUGUACCUGUGUAAAAAGGAGAAACCUAAAUCUAUAGACAUCCAAGACCGUAAAAUAAACAAUGUCUGUGAGAAUUCUGUCAAUCAAAACCUCCAAGUAAGCCUUCCAGGUAAAGAAGAAAAGAUCAAAGCGCUGAAUCAGCAGGUGGACUCCCUCCAACAUGUCAUCCUCCAGGUCCAGGAGCUCCACCAGGGUCUAGUGGCAUUCUGCUCAGAGCUGAAGAGCAUGGAGGGAGAGGUGGCGCAGGUGGAGCUGAGCUCUGCUGAGCUGGAGGCCAGGCUGAAGGAGGCACAGGGCCGCCUCAGAGACAAGAGAAACAGUCUGCAAGCUCUCAGAGACCCCCCGACCCACACAGCGGCUCACGGAAGCGGGUACGCGAGCAGCGCCCAACCAUUCCUUUUCAGGCGAUCGGAAGUCCGUCUCCUGGAUAAGAUGAAGACGAACUGCCAGGUGUUUAAGGAGGAAAUCUCCCUGGUCCACCUGAACAGACAGGUGGCUCACCUCCAGACCGCCCUGCAGGACUGCCAAGACAAGGAGAAGGCCCAGAGGAAGUUCUCCACCCUGGGCCAGCUGGUGUCCCCCUGCUGCCCAGCCAUGCUGCUGGUGGUGGAGGAGAGACCGGGGCCGGACGGACGCUACGGGUUCACCUGUCGCUUCACACACGGCUGCGGCCUGGUGGUGGUCGAGGCAGAGCACACCCACCUCUGCCUCAACGACAGGCUGGUGGAGGUGAACGGGGUACCUGUGGUGGGAUACAGUGAGGAGGAACUCUGCUCCCUGCUGCUCCAGGGUCCUACUGCUGAAAUUGUGGUUCUGCGCAGGCCUCCUCCCUGCGCCUCCUCCCUGCGCCUCCUCCCUGCGCCUCCUCCCUGCGCCUCCUCCCUGCGCCUCCUCCCUGCGCCUCCUCCCUGCGCCCCCCCCCAGCAGCCCCCCCCCGGUCACCACGACAACCAGGAGGCCAUUGUCACUGGUCACCACGACAAUCAGGAGGCCAUCAUCUUCGAUCACCAUGACAACCAGGAGGCCAUAAUUACCGGUCACCACGACAACCAGGAGACCAUCGUCCACUCAACCUCCACUGACCGGGCAUCUGUCACCACGGCAACUCCCCAAUUUCAUGAGGUUAUGGCGAUUUGAUGACAGAGAUUCAUUCCCUCUUCAUCUGUGUGUGUGUGUGUGCAUGUGCAUCAAAGAGAGAUGGACAAAAAGAGCAAGAUAUCUUUUAAAAAUAUAUUUUGUCCCAAAGGUGAACAAAAUGGUACUGUACCAUGUUCACCUGUAGCUGCAACACAUCCUGUUAGAUUGUUGCCACUUCGUACAUGGUCACUUAUAUGUUUGUUAGCUAUUGUACCAGUUACAGUAUUGUUGUAUUUUGUUAAAGUGAUGUGACCGUGUUGUGUGAUGUUGUUGUAUAUUAACCAUUCCUUAGUAUGUACCCUCCUUCUGGGUAGGUACUGUGCUAGUAUUAUCCAUAUUGUCUCAGUAAAGGGUGGAUUAGUAAAAAAGACUCACAGUCCAUCACAGUCCCUGUGCUAGAGAGGGGUACUGUCUUUUCAACAUGUCAGAUCUGUAGACUGAAUAAAUCUCGGUCAAAACAGUUUUUUUCUGUCCUUGUUUGACGUGGCUACAUGUU